GCUCUCUUAGCUUCUCAUCCCGUCCCACCACCUCGUCGCCGCUAUGCAGAAGCCAGGCAUCCUCGCUGAACCUCCCCAGCCUCCCCGCGCGCGCUGCGUAUCUUGGCGCAUACGGGCCUGCCUCGCCGGUAUCGCUCUCUGGGGAACCUACCAAUACUCCAGCUCCCUUCAAUGGAACGGUGACCAGGGGCCGCUUUGCGGCUUGCCUGCGCUGCACAAGAGCAGUCGUACGCGGGUGCCCUCAGCGGGACGCAACCCCGCAUAUCUGGUGCGCGCGACGAACGGCGCGGUCGCGAGCGAGAACGAGCUCUGCUCCGACAUCGGGGUUAACAUCCUCAAGGACGGCGGCAACGCGGUUGACGCGACCGUGGGCACGACGCUCUGCAUUGGCGUUGUGAACAUGUUCUCCUCCGGGAUCGGCGGCGGCGGGUUCAUGACGGUGCGCAUUCCCCCCGCGAGCCCUGGGGCAGCGUCGGAGGUCUUCUCGAUCGACUUCCGGGAGACGGCGCCGGCACUCAGCAACAAGACGAUGUACGUGGACGACCCGCUCGCCGCGCGCUGGGGCGGGCUCGCGGUCGGGGUACCGGGAGAACUACGCGGGCUCGAAGAGGCGCACAAACGGUGGGGGAAGCUGCCGUGGAAGACGCUCGUGCAACCGGCGAUCCGGUUGGCGGAAGGGUGGACGGUGCAGACCGAGCUGGACCGACGACUUGAGAUGUUCGCGCCAUUGAUGCUCAACCAUCCGGACUGGAAGCCGAUAUUCGCGCCGGAGGGGCAUACGCUCAAGACGGGCGAGACAAUCCGGCGCACCAACCUGUCGCGCACGCUCGCAGCGAUCGCGGAGGGCGGCGCAGACGCGUUCUACACCGGCCCCAUUGCAGACGCCAUCGUCGAGAAGGUCCGCGUAACCGGCGGCAUCCUUUCACACGCGGAUCUGGCACAGUACGAGGUCCAGGUGAAGCGUGCGCUACAGGGCACAUACCGCGGUCGGACGGUGUACACCCCGCACGCGCCGACGUCUGGGCCGGUACUGAUCCACAUGCUGAACCUCAUGGAGCACUACGACGACCUCGCCGAGGAGGGCCGUACGGUCGUCAACGUGCACCGUGCCAUUGAGGCUAUGAAGUUCGGCUUUGCUGCGAGGACUAGGAUUGGCGACCCUCUGUUCCAUGAUGAGGUGCACCGCAUCCAUGAGAUACCCACCAAGCAAUAUGCCGACGAUGUGUUCCCUAAUAUCACCGACGAUACCACCCACUCACCGGAAUACUACAAGCCGAUAUAUGACAUUGUCGAGGAUCACGGCACGAGCCAUUCGUCUUUCGUUGACAAGGACGGCAUGGCUGUUGCAUUGACGACUACCGUGAACCUUAUCUUUGGUUCUGCGGUCCUUGACCCUGUCACUGGCGUUAUACUUAAUGAUGAGAUGGACGACUUCUCUACACCCGGGAUGCCUAAUGCAUUUGGGCUUUAUCCCUCUCCUUACAACUACCCCGAGCCUGGCAAGCGUCCGCUGUCCUCCACGACGCCUACGAUCGUAGAGCACGAAGAUGGUUCAUUCUAUGCGGCCAUCGGUGGCUCAGGCGGCUCUCGCAUUUUCCCCGCCGUCUUCCAGGUGCUCUUGAACAUGGACUGGGGUAUGGACGUCAGUGCCGCCAUCGAAUAUGGUCGUCUGCAUGACCAGUUGUUCCCCACAAUGGUGGACACGGACGACACCCUGCCUGCAGAGCUCAUCGACGGCCUAAUUGAGAAGGGACAUAAUAUCUCCGUGGCGGAGAUCGACCGUGUCGCUGCCGUCAUUCAGGUGGUUGCGAAACUUAAUGAUACGAUUUACGCUGCUAGCGACUCCAGGAAGAAUGGGAUCGCAGCGGGUUAUUAGCGGGUCUCAGCCAUACUACUGACCGCGUUACUAGAAUAUACUCUGCCUACUGGU